AAACAGAAGCUGGCGAAAGGAGAAUAUAAACGCCUCCAGAUUCAGCAGAUCUGCUUAAGACAGGUGCCUGAACCACACACAGCCCAGACUGUACUUCAGCUGUUAACACACUUCGUGAUGAAGGCUCCACUGUGGACGCUACUGUUGCUUGGACUCUGUAACCCAGCGUGGUGUGACUGCCAGAAGGAUUGCCUCUUCUGCAGCCAGAAACUGCCUAAUGAAUAUGCCUUCAACAAUCUGGUGUGUCUGGUUGAGUGUCACGGUAAACUUUCCCCAGGUGACACCUGGGAAAUGUGCCGCAGGACCAUCGUGGAGCAGAAACCAAAAGCCUUGUUAUCAGUCGGAGGCUCCAUCUUGAAAAGAGCAAAAGAGGAGCCGGAUGCCUCUCUGCCAGUGGAUCAGGAUGAUGAGCAGCUUUCUGAAACCCUCCAGAGGUUUGACCACAUAACACGGGCCUUGGGCGCUGAUGACCAAGACAUGCAGCUCAGCAAAAAAUACAAGUUCCUGCAAGUACAAUCAGCACAGGAAUCUGAAGAAGAGCGUGAUGGAGACAGCGAGAUCGAAGGCGAUGAGCAAGAAUCUGCCAUCCACCUAAUCAAACGCUUUGGAGGCUUCCUCAAAAACAAGUACGGCUACAGGAAGUUCAUCGAUCCUGGCAGGUCUUUGCAAAAGAGAUAUGGAGGUUUCAUAGGGGUCCGCAAAUCUGCUCGCAAAUGGAACAACCAGAAGCGCUUUAGCGAGUUCCUCAAGCAGUAUUUGGGCAUGAGUAGUCGAGCUAGCGAGUACAAUAGCAUGUCUGCUGAUCUCACUCAACAGAACGAGUAAGCUUUGACCUUUGAAGCCAAUAAACUUACCCAGCAAACCAUUUGUUAUGCUCAUUUGAAAACUAUUGUGCAUCAUUCUCUCUCAUAGUGCCACAAGGUUAGAUGUGAAAUUAUUUACUUACUGAAGCAUCUAAUCGGUGUCAAACAAAGCUUGCAAUGAGUGAAAUUAGCUUUUAAGAAAUCUUCAGAUUCAGUUUGAGACAUCUAUUGCUUUAGAUGACUGGUGUUGUAUAUCAUGGCCUCGUAGUUCAAUUAAACACUGUGUAUAAAAACAAUUUGGAAAGUUUUCCAAGUCCAAACACAUCUCCUUUACAACACUGCCACCUAUUGGUAAAUCAAAAGAAGAACUCCUUGAAAUUGAGGUAGGAUGCGCCAGGCAGGCACAAAAUGGGACGAUUAAAGGAAUAGUUCACCAAAGAUUAAAUAAAAUUGUCAUGACUUACUUCCUUAUGUUGUUUUGGGCGAUAUAACGUCACAGAGAUGCCACAUUAGCGUCUGUUAAUGGGCUGCUAAGCAAGUUGUUGUAUGGAAAUUAUUGUCAAGCUUCUUCAGCAGCGUCAGCUAACAUGGCAUUAGUUUAUAUUGUUGCUAUUUUUAAAACCCUGAAAUAUUGAGUACUAAAUAAAUACAUAUAAAAACACAAACCCAGAAAUUCUCACCUGUGAAAGUUAUCUGCUUUUUCCAAAACGUUGCCUACAUGCAGGUCGCGUCUUGGAAAACUUUUAAGAUGGCGGAUGACGCUCGAAUGUGCGAAUGUGGAAAAAAAACUUGAUUCAUUAGGCCUAAACCUUAUUUUUUGCUUUCAAAUCCUCCUGAGACCCGACGAUUUUUUUUCUUUUUUUUCCUAUGAAUUCCUACAUCAUUUGGGUUAAAAAAUUCUACAAUUUAGAGUUCUUAUUUUAAAUUUUACAGCAUACUGUAGUGGACCACGGGACCAUUUUAGUUCAAAACGACCGCCUCUCAGACAACAAAACUGUACAGGAUAUGGCUGUAAAGGGAUAAUAAUCCAAUAUUAAUGUAACAAAAACAAAACAAAAGCCUUUUUUUUCCUUUUAUAUUGAAAUUCCUGAAACAGCUUAGUCUGAAAGAGAGCCGAACUCACAAAAAAAAAAAAAAAAAAAACUAAUUUAACAUAAAAGUGAUUUAAACUAAUUGUCAAUCAAAUGACAUAUCACUAAAGCCCAGGAUGUCCUCUGAACAGUACAACAGGAUUUGACAGAGUAGCUCAAAAAAUUCUAAGAAAAUUCAUGAAAACGCAAUGUCCACUACAGAGGACACAAGUCAGUGGCCGGGGUCUCAGGAGGUUAUCUCAUGCUUACAUUCGUUUGCUACUUGCAAUCUGGCCAUGUGAACUGCAUAAAGCAUGUUGGAAAAAAUGAAGACAAAAUAAUUCAGUAGGCCAAAUUGUUGACACAAUUCUGUCAUACUUGAAUAUGGCUCGGAAAAUGGCUGCAUAAAUCAUAUGCACCACUUUAUGGAACAUUUUGAGCUUAUAUGUGAUGUAAUAUUACAAAAAAACGUUUUCACUAUUUCACUAAUGGCUGUUUUGUCAAAAUGUAGACAAAUUGAAUCUUUAAAAUUUAUAGGCUUUAAAUGUAAUGCCAAAAUGUAAAACAAAACUGCGAGACUUUGUGUUUUAUGAAUGAAAGAACUAAUUGGUGUCAAAAUUAUAUGACUCUGGACCACAAAACUGUUCACAAAACAAAAGUGUCCAGAUUCAUGCAUUAUCUGAAAGCUGACUAAAUAAGCUUUCCAUUAAUGUAUAUUUGUUAGUAAUACACAAAAAAGGCUGGUUAAAGCUGGUCAACCAGCCUGGUUUUAGAUGGGUUUUGGCUAUUCAUUUUCCAGCCUGACCAGCUAAGAUCAGACUGGAAAUUGCCAAAACCCCUCUAAAACCAGGCUGGUCCACCAGCUAAAACCAGCCAACCAGCUUAGACUGGUUUAAGCUGUUUUUUUCAGCAGGGAUAGACCAAUGUUUAGCCAAGAUAUAACUAUGUGGAUAUUUGUAAUCUGAGACCAAAUCAAAAUACUGAGUAAAUCACCUUUAAAUUGUCCAAAUUCACAUCUAAGCAAUUUACAUGACUAAUUAAAAUGUAGUUUUGAUAUUUAUAGUGAGAAAUUUACAAAAUGUCUCCAUAGAACAUAUUUAUAUAAUAUAGGCUACUAAAGAUUUUUGGCGUAACAGAAAAAUUUAUAAUUUUGCCAUAUACAUUGUACAUUUGCCUAUUGCGUAAAAAUAUACAUAUUUUUAACAUAAGACUGAUUUGUGGUCCAGGGUCACAUAUGAUUACAUGACUCAUAGAAAAAACAUUUCUAUGGUGAACUAUUCCUUAAAGGAGAUUAAGAAAAUAUAUCAUUGUUUACUGUGUCCCUCCAAAAAUAAACAGAGGCAGAUUUGUCAUAAACCAUUCCAGCAAAGACUCAUCACUGCAAUAUGCCUAUACAAACAUAACAGAUUCUGCCAUGCGCACACACACACACAGAGAGUUUGCUUCCUCAUCUAAGAGUGACACAUUACUAGCUUUAAUUAUAAUUUUAUUUGAACUGACAAAGUUGAUUUGUAUUUGCGCAUAUGAAAUUAUGUAUUUAUGCAGAGAGUCAUGCUUUUCCCUUUAUUCCAAUGAUUAAUACACACAAAAAACAAUGUUCUCUAAAUGAACUGUACAUAGUAACAAUGAACUAUGUCAAAUAAAAUAGUUUACUAUUUUC